AUGUUGAUUAGUCAUCUGUGAUCUGUAAAUUUUGCACACUUUUUCUCUGUAAAGAGAGUGUUAGGUUGAACUUGAACAGUACUGUUUUUGUUUCUAGAAAUGGGGAAAUUUUCAUGCUCCUUGACCUCAGGACAAGUCUUUCGCAUGAACAACCUUAAAGUAUUCAUUGUUGCCCCAACUCAGAUCACUAGGCUUUAGGUUGUGAUAUUGAACCAUAUUCAAAGGCUCUUGCAAGUUGUUAUUUUUAAGGCAUAAACUCCGAUUUGUUUUUUGUAAUUUUAGGUUACCGUUGCUGGGAACUGUUUUGGCUUACAGGGUUGCCCUUGGGCAGAGGAAAAUACUUCCGAGGCUGAAUCGGUUCCUACAUCAUGACCAACAAUAAUGUAAAGGAGCCCUUGCUGUCAGGAUCACUGAAUGAGACUCAAAAAGCUAAACGGCUGUUAAACAAGAGAAAGUUACACCGCUCUAGAAGUGCUCCUAGCACAGAUCUUGUUCCUCCUGAGACACAAUGCAAAGAAACAACUCAUCCAACUACAUCCUUAUUUCAGAAUUUACAUCCAAAUUAUAAAAGAGUGGCUAUCUACCUUGCAGUAUAUUUAGGUGUAGGUGCUUUAAUCUUCUUCCUUGUCAGGGACCAGAUCAAGGGGAUGAAAACAGAUGGAAUUCUUGAUGCUUUGUACUUUACAAUUGUUACAAUGACCACUGUUGGAUAUGGAGACCUUGUGCCAGAUAGCCACCUAACGAAACUACUUGCAUGUGCCUUUGUUUUCUCUGGGAUGGCAUUGAUCGGACUGACUGUAAGCAAAGCAGCAGAUUACUUAGUUGAGAAACAGGAACUUUUGCUAGUUAAAGCUAUGCACGUGCACCAAAAAGUUGGUUCAACUGGAAUAUUAAGGGAGCUUGAGACCAAUAAAACAAGAUACAAACUUUUUGUAGUCUUUUUCCUCCUUUUGGUUCUCUUCACUGCAGGGACAAUUUUUCUGGUGACUGUUGAGAAAUUGGAUGUUAUCGAUGCAUUCUACUGUGUUUGUUCUACCAUCACAACCCUUGGUUAUGGGGACAAAAGCUUCUCAACUCAAACAGGAAGAAUAUUUGCCGUGUUUUGGAUAUUGACAGGUACUAUUACUUUAGCUCAGUUUUUCCUCUACAUUGCUGAGCUAAACACUGAAAUCAGACAAAAGGAGCUUGUGAAGUGGGUGCUUACAAGGAAAGUGACCAAUUUAGAUUUGGAGGCUGCUGAUCUUGAUGAGGAUGGAACUGUUGGGGCUGCCGAAUUUGUUAUCUAUAAACUGAAAGAGAUGGGGAAGAUUAGUCAAGAAGAUAUAUCACUUGUGAUGCAGGAGUUUGAACAGCUAGAUGUUGAUGAUUCUGGUACAUUGUCACCUUCGGAUAUAACACUUGCUCAGUCAACUUAGAUUAAAACAUUACAUUUUGGUACAGUGUUAGUAUUUUUUUUUUUCUACUAUCAAAUUGUUGAUCACUUAAUCACCGAGCUGCUUGUACAUCUCAUGUAAGCAUUCAUAUAUAUGUAUAUUAUAUGCUUAAUUUUUUGUUCAAUAUAAGCUUGAAACUUUGCACUUCAGAAUCUUCUGUAGUGUUGAAUAUAUAAUUCUUCAAGCUUAAAAUAUGUAAAUGAAAUUUUUUAAAUUUGUU